UUGACUCAGUUAAGUUUUAGCAUUUCCGAAGAAAAAAUCAGCCAUGGCUUCACCGUCAGAUCCCACCGAUUCUAGUCGAGAAUCAGUUGCAGAGCCAGAAACACUUUCAACGAACCCUAUUCUAAUCCAGAAACCGAGCGUAGAGCAAGGAAGUGUUUCAACGGAGAAUGCGAAUUCUGUCGCUAACAAAGCCCUAAAUCUAGACUCGACACAGGAGGAAACGCAGAACCCGCAGGAUCCGGAGGAAUCCGACGCUAGAGAUCAGCAAACAGAGGCGUCGAUUGAGGAAAGUAGGAACGAGGAGGACGAUAUGGACGCCACGCCAGCAAUUAGCUCUUCGGUAUACCGUCGUGGAGGUGGGUCGAAGCGAAAGAAAGUGAAUCAGAAGAAACGCAAGCAGGAAGCGAAAUCAAAGGAGAAGCUUGAGGUACUGCUAAAAACCUUGAAGCCCAUUCCUUUCGUCCCAGCUGAAACCCUAGAUUUUUCUCGGCAUGAAAAGCUCUUGAAGACGCUAGGUCUCUGGGACUUUCUGCACUUGGAGUUCGACCAAAACAUUCGUCAGGAUCUAGUAGCGAACCUUGUAGCUUAUUAUAGUCCAGAGGGUAGAUGCAGCUAUGUGAAUGGGGCUAGGAUCAAUGUCAGCCGUCCUGAUUUGGCUCGAGCUUUGAAAUUGCCUAAGAAGAAAGACAUUGUCGUUACAGAGGAGGAGAGAGAGAUUCUGGAGAAGGAUGAAUCAGUCAGGUUUGUCAAAGAGAUUCUUUCAACUUGGGUUCUACUGCAAAGAGAUGAUAUGUGGAUUAUGCCUGUUGAGGUAAUUGAAUGGGAUAGGGAUAUAAAGCAAAAACAAUUAGAAAAGUUAGAUUGGGCUGCACUGCUCUGGUUCAUGGUUGAGAAAGAACUGAAAGCGGAGCCUCCACUCGGUGACUGUUUUUUUGCUUCGCAUAUGCAGCUGUUGAUCAAAACACAGAAAGAAGAUUUGCUAAGGGAAAAAUCUAGAGUGGCUGAGGAAGAUGAUGAUGUAAAGGAGGUUGAUUUUUUGGUAAAAUCUCCAAAAGAAGAUUCUUUGGAGGUUAAGGAGGAAGAUGUUGUUGGUGCUGCAGAUUCAGGAAGGUACGAUUGUGCCACCGAGUCAAAGGAAGAAGAGAAUUGUGUGCAAGAACAUAUGAUCGAAUUGAAUCUUGGACAAGAGACUGUGUCAGAAAUGGUCUCUGAGGAAGAGCAAGGUCCUGUUGAAGGACAGCCAAUGGAUGUUGAGGAAAAUAAGAACGAAGAGGAUGAAAAGUGGCCAUGGAAGGAAGACAAUCAUGCUCCUCCUCCUCAUUUCCUCCGCCGCUGCGAUCAUAGUAGUGCUAGAGAAGGAGAGGAAGAGAAUAAAAUAGAAGAACCCAUGGAAAUGGGAGAAGACGAACCAAUUGAAGAUUUCGAGGAAGAGGAAACCGAGGAAGAUAAAGAAAAGCAUGAAGGAGGGUUUCCCUUUUUUCCAAAUGGGGAUUCCCUUCAUGGAGUUGGCCAAGAGAAUCUCAUGUUAGGAGAUGCAUCUCCUCUAGGUUAUGGCUCUGGGUUACAAAUUCAUGGCAAUUCGACUGGUGGUGAUUUCCUUACUUCUAGGGUUGACAUGCAUAUGGCUAUGGGUUCAGGUAGUUCUUCACUGUUCGGAAAUGGCAACAACAAGAGGGAGAUUGAUCACGAGAAUGAUAUUUCCUAUCAUGCUCAUAACCCCGGCAGUAAGAGGUUGAGGACUGAAGAACCCUCGUGGAAUGAAAAACCUCCAGUUGAGAUGUGCAUGGAUCAGAUUGAGUACUGGAUUGAAAAAGCUAGGAUGUCAUGUGCUGAAAAAGAUCGAGAGCGUGGACAAUCUGCUAUGAACCAGGAAUAUCUGAUGAGCGAACUGCAAAGAAAGGCAGAAAUGAUUCAGGAUCUGGAAAGAACCAAGUUUGAGGAGCAACAGAGAAAAGAUAUGAUGAUCUAUAGGCUUGAAAGUGAGCUUCGGAUGAUGACAAGCGUAGUAGAGGGAUAUAGGAAGGCUUUGAAAGAAACAAAAAAGGCAUCAAGAGAGCACAGGAAACGUUGCCCUUUGCGUGAUGAAGAAGCGGUCUACAAGGAUGUCAAAGGUUCUGGAGGUUUAGUUCUGAGCAAUACCGAAAUUGAAAAGCUGAGAUUGAAGCAAGAAGUGGAAGACAGGAUUGCACGAGGUCGAAUAGAGAGACAAAUUGAGGAGUUUGGAAGUGACUGGCUUAAAGUAUUUCAAGGACACAUGGAAGCGGUAGAGUUGCUAACCGAGAGAUUGACUGAGGUUGAAAAUGAAGUGAAGAUCUGUCGAGAAACACUUUCGGUAAGCAAGGAUCAUGAGACUUCUGAAGUUGCUGCUGCUACAGAAGAAACUUGAGAUGCUCUUAAGGUUUCUGCAAAUCGGUGAAGCUGUUGAAGCUCGUUUAAACAAAAAUCAUUCUAGCCU